AAUGAAGGCCCUGGAGGUCCCGGAGGUCCCGGAGGUCCAGAAGGUCAGUGAAGAGAAGGUCCCGGAGGUCCCGGAGGUAAAGAACAAUCACAACCACGCAGACAAGCACCACCAACAGAAGGCCCCGGAGGGCCCGGAGGUCCCGGAGGACAAUAAAAUGAACGCCCAAGGUGUCCAGAAGGUCAGGGAAGAGAAGGUCCCGGAAGUCCCGGAGGUCAAGAACAAUCACGACCACGCAGACAAGCACCACCAACAGAAGGCCCCGGAGGCCCCGGAGGUCCCGGAGGUCAAGAAAAUGAAGGCCCUGGAGGUCCCGGAGGUCCCGGAGGUCAAGAACAAUCACAACCACGCAGACAGGCACCACCAACAGAAGGCCCUGGAGGUCCAGGAGUUCCCGGAGGUCCUGGAGGUCAAGAAAAAAAAGGCACCGGAGACCAAAGGGUGAAGCAUCCACAGGUCCCGACGAUAGGCCACCACUUCCUCAACAAAGGAACUGACAAGAUGGCACUUCUUUGUCAAUGAAAUAAAACCAAUGAACACUUAAA